AAUGAUUCUACUCGUAAUUUUCGUGCCAGGGGAAUGAGCGCACCGACAGGAAAUUCAUCACUUGAGCAGCCACUGCCAGAGUAUGAAUUCCAGCGGCAGGUUUUGAAAAGCCUGAAUAUUCUCCGCAUGAAUCUACAGCAGCAAGGAGACUUGAUCUCAAGCCUUGUCCCACUCCAGGCCUCGUCACCAGCUGCACCUCUAGUUGUGACUGAGCCAUUUCAUUCUGUAGAGCUGCUGGAAAGCUUUCAACACCACUUAACAAAUCAGAAGGAGGAGCAGUUGUACAGAGAGCUUGCCGUCCUUGGUGGAAGUUCGGUAAAAACGGCAGUAAAGAGAAUCAUGUGUCACCUUUUCACUGAUGAUGUGGCGGAGAAAUUCAGCUGGGAAGGUAAAAAAGGGAAGCUAGUCUUCAAGGAAUUGAAGUUUCCUGGCAUCAUCAUGCGUGCUGUUCAUGCUAACAAGACUUUGGCCAAUGCAACAAAUUUUGAAGUUGAGUCAGAAAUUAAAGGGUGGCUACGACAUGCAAAGGACAGGAGACUGAGGCAGAAGACCAGCGGCUGAUGUAGGACCCACAGCUUACAUGGCCAGAGAAAGUCCACAUCACGCCAUGAGGUCAAAGGGCAACGAGUAGUGGAACGCCUUCUUUCAUCAUCAGUGCAACCUUCCGCACAGUUAUGGGGAGGAUUGGAACUUUUGUGACUACUGUGAUAUAACUACCGUGUACCUGUCAUGUAAAAGACAACACAGCACUCUCGCGUGCAAGAGCCACAUGUGUAAAACCACAUGGCUAAUUGAGCCUUUCAACCUUGUA